CUCCCAAAGUUAAUAUUUUAUUAUAAACUAUUUCUUGAUAUUAUAAUAUUUAUUAUAUUAACCUCUUUUAUUACUAGAUUUAUUUUUAUACAAAUAAAACACCCUUUAGCAAUAGGAUUAAUACUACUAAUUCAAACUUUUUUAACUUCUUUAUUAACUGGAUUAUAUGUAAAAACAUUUUGAUUUUCUUAUGUAUUAUUUUUAAUUUUUAUAGGAGGAAUAUUAGUUUUAUUUAUUUAUGUAACAUCUCUUUCAUCAAAUGAAAUAUUUUCAAUAUCAUUUAAAUUAUCAUUUAUAGUAAUUAUAAUAAUAAUAAUUUUCAUAAUUUUUUCUUUCUUUAUUGGUAAAUCAAUUAUUGAAAAUUUUAUUAAUAAUAAUGAAAUAAAUUUAUUUUUUUAUAACUCUUUAAUACCAGAAAAUUUAAUUGAACUAAAUAAAAUAUAUAACUUUCCUACAAAUUUAAUUACUUUAAUAUUAAUUAAUUAUUUAUUUUUAACACUAUUAGUAACAGUAAAAAUUACAAAAAAAAAUUAUGGACCUUUACGUCCAAUAAAUUAAUGACUAAAUCAUUACGAAAAACUCACCCUUUAUUUAAAAUUGCUAAUAAUGCAUUAGUAGAUUUACCUGCCCCUUCUAAUAUUUCUGCUUGAUGAAAUUUUGGUUCAUUAUUAGGAUUAUGUCUUAUUAUUCAAAUUUUAACUGGAUUAUUUUUAGCUAUACAUUACACUGCUGAUAUUGAAACAGCUUUUAAUAGAGUAAAUCAUAUUUAUCGAGAUGUUAAUAAUGGAUGAUUUUUACGAAUUUGUCAUGCUAAUGGAGCUUCCUUUUUUUUUGCUUGCUUAUUUAUCCAUGUAGGACGAGGAGUUUAUUAUAAUUCUUAUUUAUUUACUCCAACAUGAAUAAUUGGAGUAAUUAUUUUAUUUAUAGUAAUAGCAACCGGAUUUUUAGGAUAUGUUUUACCAUGAGGACAAAUAUCCUUUUGAGGUGCCACAGUAAUUACAAAUCUUUUAUCAGCAGUUCCUUAUUUAGGAACAGAUCUUGUUCAAUGAAUUUGAGGAGGAUUUGCAGUUGAUAAUGCUACUUUAACACGAUUUUUUACAUUCCAUUUUAUUUUACCUUUUAUUGUACUAGCUUUAACAAUAAUUCAUUUAUUAUUUUUACAUCAAACAGGUUCAAAUAAUCCAUUAGGAUUAAAUAGAAAUGUAGAUAAAAUUCCAUUUCAUCCUUAUUUUAUUUAUAAGGACGUAUUUGGAUUUGUAAUUUUUAUUUGAAUUUUAAUUGGAUUUAUUUGAAAAUUUAAUUAUUUAUUAAUAGACCCAGAAAAUUUUAUUCCUGCUAACCCUUUAGUUACUCCUGUUCAUAUUCAACCAGAAUGAUAUUUUUUAUUUGCUUAUGCAAUUUUACGAUCAAUUCCUAAUAAAUUAGGAGGAGUAAUUGCAUUAGUAUUAUCUAUUGCUAUUUUAAUAAUUUUACCUUUUACUCAUAUUAGUAAAUUCCGAGGACUUCAAUUUUAUCCAUUAAAUCAAAUUUUAUUUUGAAAUAUAGUAAUUGUAGCUUCUUUAUUAACAUGAAUUGGAGCACGACCUGUAGAAGAUCCUUAUGUUUUAACAGGACAAAUUUUAACAGUUUUAUAUUUUUCUUAUUUUUUAAUUAAUCCUUUAUUAACUAAAUAUUGAGAUAAAUUAUUAAAUUAA